CGGCGGGCGGAGCGGGGCGGGCGGCCCCGGCCGCGCCUCCUCUGCGGGGCCAUAGUCCGGGGCGGGCUCCGCUGCUCAGCCUGGGCGAGCGGUUCUGCUGCUCGCCAGCCCCGCUGCUCGCCGGCCCCGCGCUCCCCCAGCCCCGCGCUCCCCGCGCUCCCGCCGCGCCUCGUCCCCGGCCCCGCGAUGUGCGCGCAGCGGGGCCCGCUCCCGUAGCCCUGCGGCUGGCGGGGCCCCUCGGGAAGUUUGAUGGCUUCUCUGAGGAGAGUCAAAGUCCUGCUGGUGUUGAACCUCAUCGCCGUGGCUGGCUUCGUCCUCUUCCUGGCCAAGUGCAGACCCAUCACGGCCAAGAGUGGAGACUCCUUCCAUGACAUCCAUCCCAGGGCAGAAGUGGCCAACUCGACAGCCCACGGCGGCAGCUCCAUCCAGGAUGCGGUGCUGAAGAGGCUCUCGCUCCUAGAAGACAUAGUCUACAGGCAGCUGAAUGGUCUGUCCAAGUCACUCGGUCUCAUUGAAGGCUAUGGGGGGCGUGGGAAGGGUGGCUUGCCAGCCACCCUGUCCCCUGAGGAGGAGGAGAAGGCAAAGGGACCCCAUGAGAAAUAUGGCUACAACUCCUACCUCAGUGAGAAAAUCUCUCUGGAUCGUUCCAUCCCGGAUUAUCGGCCGACCAAGUGCAAAGAGCUGAAAUAUGGCAAGGACCUGCCCCAGAUCUCCAUCAUCUUCAUCUUCGUGAACGAGGCGCUUUCGGUGAUCCUGCGCUCCGUGCACAGCGCCGUCAACCACACCCCGGCUCACCUGCUCAAGGAGAUCAUCCUGGUGGAUGACAACAGUGAUGAAGGUGAGCAUCAUCUCCCAGCUCCAGAACACCAGGAGGGUGUUUAA